AUGAUGAUUGAACAACAACACUCUGCAAAAAAUGAGAUUCCCUUAUUUCGAGUUUUCAUCGCUCCAAACGCGACUGAAAUCACGGGGAAAACGUUACACUCUGGAUACAUCACGCAAGGACCUAAAGUGGAUGCAUUUGAAAGGAAGUUUAAGGAUUACUUGGAAAACCCGUACACUCUCGCUUUGAAUUCAGCCACUUCCGCGCAUCAUCUCGCUUUACACUUAUUGAAAAAACCAGCUGGACCAAAUUGGCCGGGGUUACAGAAAGGCGAUGAAAUUUUAAGCACCGCAUUGACAUGCACAGCCACAAACUUUCCUAUUUUAGCAAACGGGUUCAAGAUUAAGUGGGUCGAUGUGGAUCCAGCAACGGGCAAUAUGGAUGUGAGAGACUUACAAAGAAAAAUUACGAAGAAUACAAAAGUUAUCGUUUUCGUCCACUGGGGCGGGACACCUGCGGACUUGGACGGAGUCAGAAAGGUACAAGACUAUGCCGAAAGUAUAUUCGGAUUUCGACCUGCGGUGAUUGAAGACGCGGCGCACGCCAUGGGCGCUGAGUAUCAUGGUAUUAAAAUUGGCGCUUUAGAUAGAGGCAACAUCGUGACGUUUUCCUUACAAGCCAUCAAGCACAUAACAACCUCAGACGGUGGAUUGCUUUGUCUCCCAAGCGAAGAACUUUACGAAAGAGCUAAACUUUUACGCUGGUAUGGUAUCGACAGGAAAAAAAGAAACAAUCAUAAGAAUAAAGAUUUCCGUCUCGAAUCCGACGUCAAAGAAUACGGCUUUAAAUUUCACAUGAACGACUGGAACGCGAGCCUGGGAUUGGCAAAUUUUCCAUUUCUGGGUAAAAAUUUGGCAAGGCACAGAGCAAAUGCACGCUUUUACGAUGAGAAUUUGAGAAAUACAAACGGAAUUAGACUGAUUUAUCCACCAAACGGCGCGUUGUCUUCGUAUUGGGUGUAUUCGUUAUUCGUUGAAAAUAAUAAACCGGAUUUCAUGGAGUAUAUGAAAAAUAAAGGCGUCUUUGUUUCUCAAGUGCACGCGCGAAAUGAUACGCACUCGGUGUGCGCGCCUUUUCGAGCUCAUCUCCCAAACUUGGAUGAUGUUGAAAGAAAGCUUGUCGCUAUCCCAUGCGGUUGGUGGGUGACCAACGACCAAAGAGAAUACAUCGCGCAUUCCAUUCAAUUUUUUUUUCGUCAUCACGAUAAAAAAAACUCCAUUUCCAUCUCACGAAAAUGGACGAUUUCGUAUGGAGAGGAGACAACCAACAAAGUUUCUAUACCGAGACACGUUUCUCGCCGAAAAAUCAUCAUCACCGGCGGUUGCGGUUUUAUUGGUCAUCACGUCGUUGAGCACUUUUCGCGAACGACGGAUUGCGAUCUCGUGGUUAUCGACAAGUUAUCUUACGCCUCUCUCGGGUACGACCGCUUGAGAGAUACCGGCGUGAUUGACCGCGUGCAAGUUUUUGCGACAGACCUUGUGAAUGGAAUCCCCGAAGGUGUUGUUUACGAGCUCGGGAAUCGAAUUGAGUUUAUCGUGCACAUGGCGGCUGAAACACACGUCGAUAAUUCCAUCAAAGAUCCCGUUCCUUUUAUUCGCAACAACGUGGAGAGCACGAUUUCAAUUCUCGAAUAUACGAGAAAUUUACUCAAAAGUGGCUGCGAUUUGAAGAGAUUUUUUUAUUUCAGCACGGAUGAGGUUUACGGCCCGGCAUUGGGUACGACAGUUUUUGACGAGUGGGACCGUCAUAAACCAACAAAUCCAUAUUCGGCCUCAAAAUCAGCCGCCGAGAAUAUUUGCAUUUCAUACGAAAAUACGUACAAAAUUCCUCUCAUGAUUGUCAACGUCAUGAACGCGUUCGGUGAAAGACAACAUCCUGAAAAAUUUAUACCAAAGUGCAUCCGCAAAAUAUUAGCUGGAGAAACGGUACACGUUCACAGUUAUCCUGACAAGCGACGCGCAGGAACUCGAUUUUAUAUCCACGCGAGAAAUAUCGCCGCGGCUGUUGGAUUUUUGCUGGAAAAAGGCUCCGUAGGAGAGAAAUAUAACAUUACUGGUGAAAAAGAAGUCGAUAAUUUAGAGUUGGCGACGUUUAUCGCAAAAGUCUGUCAGAAACCAUUGAUUUAUGAGAUGGUUAAUCAUCAUGCCGAUCGCCCCGGUCACGAUUUGCGCUACGGUUUAUCAGGGGCUAAAAUGGCAAAAAUGGGUUGGGUACCUCCAUAUGGAUUUGAGGCGUCUUUAACGAAGUCUAUCAAGUGGACGCUACAGAAUAGGCAUUGGUUAGAGCUGAAGAGAUGGGCAGAAGAUCCAAACAUUUACGAAGGAAUUGCUCCGGAGGAUAUCGGGAAGGUGUUUGAUCCAACCAUAUCCACGUCAAAUACAAAGAAGGAACUAGCUUUGAAGAAGAAGAAGAACGAGAGGCUUUCGAAACUAUAG